GCAGGGCAUAAAGGGCACACCGAGGGGAGAGGGAGAGGGCAGAGAGAAAAGGAAGUGACGACGCCUGCAGCUCCAUCACUGCGCUGCUCCUGCUAGGGUUUGGUUUUUUCUCCCCGAUAGAUAUUUUUCGGGGCUUUCCAUUUCGGGUCAACCAUGAAUCGGCAUCCGGAAUUGAAGUGGGCACAGAGGAAAGACAAGGUCUUUCUUACGGUGCUUCUGCCAGAUGCAAAAGAUGCGAAGGUCAAUCUCGAGCCAGAUGGCAUUUUCACCUUUUCUGCUAAGGCUGGAGCAGAAAACCAUCCUUAUGAGCUGAAGCUGGAGCUUUUUGAUAAGGUUAAUGUGGAGGAGAGUAAAAUCAAUAUUGGAGUAAGGAACAUCUUCUGCAUUUUGGAGAAGGCAGAGAAAGAAUGGUGGAAGAAGCUGUUGCGAGGAGAUGGCAAGCUCCCUCACUAUGUCAAAGUAGACUGGGACAAAUGGGUGGAUGAAGAUGAAGACACCGGUGGUAUGGGUGACUUGGAUCUUGGGGGCAUGGACUUCUCGAAAUUUGGCGGGAUGGGAAUGGGUGAUGACAUGCCUGGGAUGCCUGGGAUGCCUGGAAUGCCUGGAAUGCCUGGGAUGCCUGGAAUGCCUGGAAUGCCUGGGAUGCCUGGGAUGCCUGAAAUGUCUGAGGACUAUGAAGAUAGUGAUGAUGAAGAAGUUGCAAAGCCAGGCGAGUCAAGUGCUGGUGAGGCAGGAGCAGCUGCAAAACAUGAAGAUGAAGCCGAGAAGAAGGAAAGUCACUGAACCCAGUACAUGAUUCCUAUAGUGGCUAGGAGUGUCAUGGUGUUACAAUCUUUAAUGUAACAGUCUCCGGAUGAUUUUUCCAGUAUCUACUACUGGUGGUGGGUUGCUGUCUGUUUUUUACCUCACAUAAAUUAUGAUGUUAAGCUAUAAUUGGCUAGUAGCGGCACCUCAUAGGUAAAAUGUUUGAUGAGAUGUUUGACGUAUUUGAUUGUGACUUGAUGGUUCAUAUGAUUUUCCCUUCUCUGCGCUGCAAAACA